AGUACGAACUAUCCUUUGUAUUGGUGAUAGGAGGUCUGAGUAUAGUUAAAUUUACCUCGCAUGAGGUAAGAACAUUAACCUGUACACCUCCUGUCUCUGAGCUCUACAUAUAGUGUUUCACUCCAGCUAACAAUACAAAUAACAAGAAAACAGAAUAGAUUCUUGUUUGGUUUAGAAUUUCACCUAACUACCUCUAGAAAGUAAAUACUUGUAUUUUUUUGGAGGGGAAUGUCCGCAAAUUAACACUUAUCUUCAAUCUGCUGUUGUAAAAUAAAAUGAGAUCGUUUUGUUUUCCUCUCAAAAAGGAAAGGGCGUUGUUGGCGUGACGUCUUGACGUCAUCACAUUCCGUGCACGCGAACAUCGACUUUUCAAUGCGGAAGUAGCUUCCCUGAUCUGACUCCAGGCGAUCUGACAAACGAAAACAAUUCGGCUCUAAACCUCGAUUAUCGAGCUGGCAGUUUACAUGUGCGGCUGAAAUUUUGACGUAGAGUGUUUAAAAGUAUUUUUUUCCUAACUGUUGUGGCGUUUUUGUGGGAUAUCGAGCCAGUGAGUUAGCCCUUAUGGCCAACAAUAAUUUACAGAAAGCGAUUGAUCUCGCCAGCAAGGCAGCUCAGGAGGAUAAAGCUCAGAACUUCGAGGAGGCACUGCGUCUCUAUCAGGCUGCUGUUCAGUACUUUCUUCAUGUGGUAAAAUAUGAGGCCCAAGGAGACAAAGCAAAACAGAGCAUCCGGGCAAAGUGUGCAGAGUACCUGGACAGAGCAGAGAAGCUGAAGGAGUAUCUGAAGAAGAAAGACAAAGCUCCUCCUGCUAAGCCUGUCAAAGAAUCACAGUCUGAUGACAAAGGGAAUGAAAGUGAUGAGGGGGAUGAUCCAGAGAAAAAGAAAUUCCAAAAUCAACUCUCAGGUGCAAUCGUUAUGGAGAAGCCUAAUAUUAAAUGGGAUGAUGUUGCUGGUUUAGAGGGAGCCAAGGAGGCUUUAAAAGAGGCUGUUAUUCUUCCAAUCAAAUUCCCCCACCUUUUCACAGGAAAGAGAACUCCAUGGAGAGGGAUCUUGCUCUUUGGGCCUCCUGGUACAGGAAAGUCUUACCUAGCUAAGGCUGUGGCAACAGAGGCAAACAACUCAACCUUCUUCUCAAUCUCUUCAUCGGACCUUGUCUCCAAAUGGCUGGGAGAGAGUGAAAAGUUGGUGAAGAAUCUUUUCAGCCUUGCGAGGGAGAAUAAGCCUUCAAUCAUCUUUAUUGAUGAGAUUGACUCGUUGUGCGGUUCAAGGAGUGAAAACGAGAGUGAAGCUGCUCGCCGAAUUAAAACAGAGUUCCUGGUUCAAAUGCAGGGUGUGGGUAAUGACAAUGAGGGAGUGCUAGUGCUGGGAGCCACAAAUAUCCCCUGGACUCUAGACUCUGCCAUUAGAAGACGAUUUGAGAAGAGGAUCUACAUACCGCUGCCUGAGGAGCAUGCCCGCUCCUUCAUGUUCAAACUCAAUCUCGGCUCGACCCCCAACACUCUCACUGAAUCAGACUUUGCAGCUCUGGGGAAGAAGACAGUUAGUUACUCAGGAGCAGACAUCAGCAUCAUCGUCAGAGACGCUCUAAUGCAGCCUGUUCGAAAGGUCCAGUCAGCAACCCACUUCAAACGGGUACGAGGUCAAUCCAGAACUGAUCCAAAUGUUGUCAUUGAUGACCUUUUGACUCCAUGCUCUCCUGGUGAUCCCAACGCAAUUGAAAUGACCUGGAUGGAGGUCCCUGGAGAGAAGCUAUUGGAACCAUUGGUGUCCAUGCCUGACAUGCUGAGGUCUCUGUCCAACACAAAGCCAACAGUCAACGAACAGGACUUGGAGAAACUGAAAAAAUUUACAGAAGACUUCGGACAGGAAGGCUAGAUCGGAUCCAAAGAGCCAAACCAAAGCAAUGAAAGUGUGAUUGUCUCUUUACUGUUUUUGACCCUUUUUUCUCUCUCUCUCUGUCUCAUCCUUAUUCUCUAAGCCCCAUGGGUUACCUAAGUACACACUUAAAAAGGGUGGAAGAUUUUUUUUUUUAUGUCCAUUCGAGUCCAAACGCAAAAGCUUGCUACAUAUAUUUGUCAUGCUUAAAUGUAAAAGAGCCCAUAUUGGAAACUUCGGAGUUUAAUUUGGUGUAAGGACUAGAGCCCUAAAGUAUUUAUAAUCCGAAUAUUGAAACAGGCUUGAGAAACCUAUAAGACACCUUUGUUGCAAGUUGGGAACUUCAAACUAGAACUUGCAUUUGUGUUUUGGUUUUACAGACUUCUUCCAACUCCAUUAUUGUUUUUCACAAACCCUAUUUUAAUAAGGUAAUUCAUACAUUUUAUGCCCUAUCCUGUAGAUCAAGGAAUCCGUAAGCCUUGCACAGUGUAAAUCAAAGACGUUAUCUUCAUAUGUUAGGUUUUGGAAGUGGAACGUUCAUGUCUCAGAGUGGUUGUGAUUAUAAAAUUUUAAGACAGACUUGGAUGCAAAUGCCUGGAUGAAUUUUUUGAUGCAAUUUUGAAGGAAAUUAGUUGCAGGUAAAUGUGUUUAGUCAUUCAUUAUUUAAAAUUAACAUGGGCCUUAAAAAGUAUCACCACUGUGGGUAAACCAGCAUUAUUUCACCAUUCCUGAAGGACCUAAAGCUUUGAAUUAUUUCACAACUCAGUAAGGCUUUCUUUCUAUAAACAACUGUACAUAUUCAUUUAUACUAAAAGGUUUUGCUGAUGAUCUUUGAAAGCUUAAAAAAUCUAGGCCUUAUGUUGGAAUAAAAUAUAUUUGGUUUAAGCAAGACUGAGAGGUCAAAAGUGGACAUUGAUGGCUCAGAUAAGAGGACCUUGUGUACGUAACAGAAAUGACUUGCAUUUUUGAGCUUGCACUUCAAAAAGCCGUAAAUGGCUGUUUGCACCAUGUGCCUUUCAGAAAAAAUGCAUGUUUUUUUUAUUGGUUUAUUACUAAAUUAAGUCAUACUUCUAAUAUAUAUCAAGUGCUUUGUCACUACAACUAAGAAAUGUCCAAUAUAUGUGCAUUUCAACGAUACUCUUUUAGAGAUUGUAUACAAAUGUACUCUGUUGCUGUUGAGAUGUGGAAACUGUCUCCUGUAAUUUUUUAAGGGGGAUGUCUUAUCUUGCAGUGUAUGUCUACACAUUUAUGUAACCAACUCUUGGGCCUUUUCUUGCGAGAAGAGGUAACUGAUGCAUCCAAUGUUUUCUUUUUCAUUUCUUUAGUGUAAAUAAAAGUUACAGCUAUACCAAA